AUGCUUUUGGGCAAGUGGUUUUCCCAGCUUCGGCUGGACUCUCUUGACGAACAUAAGAAGACUGGUCUUGAACGAGUAAUCCCAUGGGUUGGUGACCAGCUAACAGUGGAGCGGCUACGAGGACUUUUUAGGUUCCGUGCUCAGGAUCACAAUUCCUUUGACCGUUUGGACUGGCUCGUACCCAUCUUUGGGUGGUUUCAUUUACAGAUGGCAUUUGCUAACUCACUGCACAAGCAGUACUUAGGGACUACAGCUGGCCGGGGCCUUAUGCAUGCUUUCACUUUGCUCGAAAGAAAAGGACUGGGUUUUGUGCAAACCCAAGGGCCUUUCCAUCAGAAUCUGCAUGAUGCAAUCACUCAAGUUGCUGAAGCACACUUUUGCGCAUGUUGGACAGUUGUGGGUGAAGUAGAGACCCUGGCACAUCUCCGUUGCAAAUCCCCAGGCCAAUUUUUCCAUCUUGCAGAAGAAAUUUUGAAGACACUCGCAUCUAGUACUGCCUUAGAGGCCAUUCACCUGCAAAGCAAAAACACACAGGACAAAGUCUUGCGUCAGAGCAUCUUGUGGAAUCGUGAUGUGUUGAGGUAUAUAGAUUUAGAGAGGGCCAUGGAAUGCGGUGAUGUGGGAAUAAUGGAGGAGACUCUGCCCCAUCUUUUGUAUCGUUUUGCGGGAGGUAAUAACAAAAGGUAUACUAUUGAAGUGCUAGAGCUACUACAAUGUCUGCAGCACGAAUGGCCACCAGAACUAAAUUGCUGGUUGAUGAACACGACCGGCCACCCCCUCGGAUUUCUGCCUAUAGACAAAGGGCAGGAACAUAAUAUCAAGGACACAAAGGUUACAUUUGGAACUCGUGGCCCAAAUGUAUCUUGGGCUCUUAUGAAGAAAACUUCCCCAGCCAUUCCCACACUCAGAGCUGUGCGCAAGCAUACAGAACUUCAAAUUUGGACGCUUCAACGAGGCCUACACCACUCUGACCCACUCAAGGAGAAGGAUAUCAAGAUCCUGCAUAAUGCAUACAUUGCCUCAAAUAUUCACACACAGCAGGAUGGACGAGAGGUGAAGACUAAAGCAGAUGGGACUAUGGAUGUUGUGACGAAAGGAUCUUUCAACAUACUCACAAAAGGGACAUUGGCAAGAUGGUGGAAUAAUAGAAGUUAUGUUCGGGCAACACAGGAGAUAUGGUAG